UCAAGUUUGAGGACAAGACAAGCGUGAGGGUGUAAGCAGCACGCACAAAGAUCGCCAGACCAUGCCGUCGAAGAGUAAGAAAUCCAAGACCCCAGCUGCGUCUGCCGCCGCGUUAAAUGUGGCUGUAGCUGCCCCCCCAGCUCCAUCCAAGGCAAAAGCCACUCCCGCUGCCAAACCAGCACAGGCGACACCCGUCGUUGUGGUGCCGACGGCUGCUCAAUUGGCGAGCCGGUUGGAAGUGCUUGCCGGUGGGAAGGAAAAGAUGUCUAACGACUCCAAGGCUGCUGAGGAAGAGUUGGCCCGGCUUCUGAAGAACCCAAAGAAGCGCGUUCAAGGCAAAUCGGAGGAUCUGGACGACCAAAUGCGCAAGCUGGAGUUUCGCCGCAACACCACGUCCAUGUCCCUUGGCGACGAGAAGAAGCUCCUUCGCGAAGUCGAGAACAUCAAGUCCCUCAAGGUGGAACUGGUCGAGUUUGAAGAGUUCAACGCGCGUGUGCAGUACUUGAAGGACAAGAAGAAGAGCUUGUUCGACACGCUCAAGCAAGCCGAGGCGCAAGAGAAGGAUCUCCAAUUGACGCUUCGAAAGCUCCGCUUGGCCGAGACGUUGCACGUGUCCAUUACUUCGCUUGAAACCGUUUCGAUCACCGUGCCGAAGGACAAGAUGGGGCUGGUCGUGGGCAAGGGCUUUGCCAAGCUGCGCCAGCUCGAGGAAGCGUACAAUGUGCUCUUGGACGUCGAGUCUGGUUCCCAAGUCGUGCAAAGUACAAGCACUCGAGAGAACAAUGCUGCGAUCGAAUCGAUUCUGGACAAUAUUGCGUCUGCGAGUUUGCACUCGGUGGCGGUCCGCCCAGACACGUUGAAAUUGCUGCUGAUUCAAAAAGGCCGCCACCUGAAGGCCCUGGAAGCGUCUUGCUUUGUCAAGAUCGACGUGAACCGAGCCGACAACAUCCUUUCGUUCACAUCGUCUGCGGAUCGUGUGGACGCCGUGGAACGCGCCAUCCACCUGCUCACGACGUCCAGUGUGACGCUGGACGUCCCCCAAGACGUUCUGCCCAAGCUCAUUGGCAAGAAAGGCGAAGUGAUCUCCAAGAUCAUGGAAGAUUCCGGCGCGUUGCUCGACAUUGACCGCGUCGUCAACAGUUUGCGCAUCAUUGGGCCAUUGGAGAGCGUCCAGAUUGCCCAGGCGGCCGUGGAGGCCUUGAUUUUCGACCAGGGCGCGUCCACUUUGGACGUGUUUGCGACGGACGAAGCGUAUUUUGGCCAAUGGGAUGCCACCAAGUUUUCCGUGUUUAUCGAGUACUUGAUGGCCGACAAGGCCGUGCGGCUGCGCGACCUGCGCAGGGACGCCAACGACUGCCGCUUGCAAGUGGUCAAGGCCAAGCAAAUGUUUGAAGCCAACGGCAACCGUACGCAACUGGAGGCGCUCAAAGGAGCGAUUCAAAAAGCCGUGGCCGAGUUCCAAGCGAACGUUGUGUCGUUCGACGUGGACUCGAAUUGUUUGAGUUUGAUCAUUGGAAAGAAAGGCGCCAAAAUCAAGCACAUUGAAAAGGAAAGCGGCGGGGCGCGCAUCGACAUUACCGGCAACACGGUCAGUGUGUUGGGGACGAAAGAACAGUCGGACGUGGCGGUGGCGUUGGUGGAGGAGAUCGUAGCCAACAACCAGCGCGCCAUCGUGCACGCGUCGUCGCACUUGGCGCCUCUGCUGCUGACCAACAAGCGAGCCAAGCUGGCCGAGAUCGAAAAGGAAACGAAGAGCAGCAUCCAGCUGCCCCAAGGCCCCCCCAAGAAGACCAAGCACAAUGCGGACAUCGCCAUCACGAUCACGGGCACCACCGCUGGGAUUGAACAAGCGGCUCGAUUGAUUGAAGCGCUGAAUCGGGCACACCAAGUCGUGUACUUGCCGUUAGACCAGGACGAAGUCACGGUCGUGAUUGGUAAGAAGGGCGAGACGAUCCACAAGUUGGAAGCAGACACGGGGUGCCAGUUGCGCGUGCUGGACGCCGACGAGUCGUCGCCGUCUCGGGAACUACAGCUGGCAGGCAGCGAAGACCAGUUGGCGGUGGCCACGGCGGCCAUCGACUCGCUGCUCAACUCGUCUCAUCGCCAAGUGCUGUCGUUUGAUGACUUCGCCAUGGGGGUGAUCAUCGGUCGCAAAGGCGAGCAAAUCAAAAAGCUGCGGGAGGAGUUCCCGCACGUGGCGAUUGAUGCGUUUCCCCACGGCCAAGUGCGCGUCAAGGGCGCGUCCAAGGAGCUCGUGGACAGCGCCGUCGCGGCCAUUCUGGACUUGCUGCAGACGACCACAGUACAGGAAACGGUGAAACUUCCGGCCGACUCGACCAGCUCCUUUGACACGUACUUCAACGACGCUGCCACGGCGCUGUACAUUUCAGAAUUGGAGGCCGAAGGCUCGGUCAAGACCGUGGUGCUCGAGCACGGCAAACUGGUCAAGAUCCGAGGGUCCGCGCUCGGCGUGGGCAAAGUGAAGCACUUUUUGGAAAUGGUGACCGAGUCGCAUGUGGCGAUUUCGAUUCCGCUGCCGUCGGCCGGACACGUGGCGUCUCUCCAGGGCUCGGCGGCCGGCAGCCUCCACGAAAACGUCCAGCAAAUCGUCAAGCAGACCAAGACGGUGAUCCGGUUCAAACCGGACAAGAAGAGCUACUCGGGCGUCGUCUUGUCCAUCGAGGGGCCGUCGCUGCCCAAGGUGCUCGAGGCCAAGCGUCGCGUGGAAGUGGUGCUGCAGUUCUUCUUCCCCACACACUUCAAAGUGCUGUCGCCGGUGCCGCCGUCGUCGAUUGCUCGCGUGUUCCAGACGGCGCCGCUGCUGUCCAAAUUCAACGCUAUCCUGUCGUUGGGAGCGAAAGACGCGAUCAAGAUCUUCACCGACUCGGAAGCCAACACGCAAGUCGUGUACAAGACGCUUCAGGAGAGCUUGCGUGCCCACUUGAAGGAGUACAAGGACGUGAUGAUCCCGUCGUACUUGGCGCCCAUCAUCGUCGGCAAGAACGGCGAUACCAUCAAGCGGCUGUCCGCUGAGAGCCACGCGACGUUCUCGUUGUCUGCCGUGGACAAUGACGCCCCCACGGCGCCCCGAACCCUGACCAUUCACUCCAAGGUCGAAGCGAACGUGACUGCUGCGAUCAAUCUGGUUCAACACUUGAUCGACACGUACGACAGCGAGUGCGUGACUGCGCAUGUCCCUGUGGACCUCGUGGACGUGGCGCUAGCGUUAAAGCGCAAGGGGGCGGCCAACGUGUCGUUUUCAGUCGACAAGAAGGGCCCAGCUGGCGCCGUGAUCAAGAUUCAUGCCAAAGACAUUGGCGAACGGGCUGCAGCGUUGCAGCGCCUGGAAGAACUGGUGGCCAACUCGGCAGCACUGACGAUUGUGCUGCCGUCGGCUGACAUUGUUGGUGCAUUGAUUGGCAAGAGCGGAGCCAACAUCAAGGCGCUACAAGCCGAAUUUCCAGGUUUGCACAUCGACAUCAAAAAAGACGACGCGACCGGGGAAGGCCGUGUGUCUUUGAAAGGGGAUAAGGCGGCCGUGGCGCUGGCCAAGGAAUGGGUGGACGACAAGAUCGCCUCUGCCGUGUCGAACCAACGAGACUUCCUCAAGCGCCAACAAGCGCAAGCAGCGUACCAUGCUGCCGCCGCCGUGGAUAAGCGGGCCGAACCAGUGCAGCAAGAAACCUCCGAAAACGACGUUCCGCCUAAGCCGAAGUCGGCGGGGGCGUACGUGCCGAUUGGAGGCGAAGUCAAAUUGAACAAGACCCAGCGCCGCCGCGAACGCAAGCGGGCGGACAAGCAGGACGGCGUGCUCUCCAUGCUGGUGGGUGGCAACGACGCGCCGCGAAGCGGCACGUAUGGUCAAGCGGCCGCGGCGUCCUCGUCCCAAGGAGUGCCUGGUGGUGGGUAUUACCACUCGGCGGACGGAUAUUCCCUGCGCUUGUAACCCAUCAAGCACGGCCCACAGUUGAAAAUCGAGUGUGAAACUGUACUUUGACGUAGGUUAACGAUAUCUUCUGCUGCAUGUGUGUGUACAGUGUAGUAGUAGUCUAUGUGCGCGGCAGCGCUUGCUCCCGUUCGUGGGCCGUCUUGAGCCCGACCCCGGAGAUCUGCUUGACG